GCUGUAGACUAGUCUGUCAUCACACCGCGGUACCAGAGUCCGGAGAAAGAAACGCGAAUAGGAGCAAAGACAGUGAGUGUGUCUAGAGAGAAUGGGAAAGGGAGAAACUGAGCGCAUAGGCCUACAGCAUCAGCAGCAUCUGAAAAAGCAGAGGCAAACGCACGGUGUGUCAUAUUCCUGCGUAUAACAGAGGAGGAUGGAGACUUUCCCGUUGCGCCAGAGAUCUGGACUGAUAAGAUUAUAUGUUUGUGGAUAGCCUACCAAUAGGAAAAAGGUGUUUUCUGGAGGUUUGAGGACAGCGAAGGUCCAUCACCUUCAACUGCCCCGUCAAUCUAAUUUCAAGGAGCCACAUCGUAAGAAACUACCUAGAGAACUGGCAUUUUGGAGGAUAUGAUCGGUUUUAUUGUUCAAUUCAUGCAGCAAAACAAAAAACAAAAGGUUUUAUCAUUUGUAUGUUUACCAGUAUGAUGAACUCUUUUUUUGAUUCUUCGUCUGCUGCUAUGAUUGAUACAAUUCCUGUCAGCGGUAUGUCCACUGCUGGGACGGGCGCUGUAACCAGUGCGCUUCGAAAUGACUUGGGGUCCAAUAUUCAUGUCCUGAAGACUCUGAACCUGCGGUUUCGCUGUUUUCUUGCCAAAGUUCACGAAUUAGAGCGGAGAAACAAAUUAUUAGAGAACCAACUGCAGCAAGCCUUGGAUCAACAACGAUACCAAGUAUACACUCGUGAAGUAGCUGUCCAAACCGACUCUUCUGAAUCCCGACUACCUGGUACCAUUUGGAGUUUCACGCACGUGAGAAGACACGGAGAGCGCUAUGAGACUCUCCAGGGCCCUGGUGUAUCCUGGAAUCAUCCGGACGGUGUUGGGGUCCAAAUCGAUACCAUCACCCCAGAAAUACGAGCUCUGUAUAAUGUGUUGGCUAAAGUCAAACGAGAGAGAGAUGAAUACAAGAGAAAAUGGGAAGAGGAGCUGAACAGACGAGAGCAGCUCGAGUCCUUGGUGGAAUCCAUGCAGGAGAGUGCCCAGGAGUCAGAGAAGAUCCAGGAUGAACUGAAUGAGAAGGUGGAGAGGCUGAAGGCUGAGCUGGUGGUCUUUAAGAGCCUUAUGAGCAAUAAAAUGUCCGACAUGGACACUAAGAUCCAGGAGAAAGCCACGCUGGUGGACAUGGACAUCUGCCGGCGCAUUGACAUCACCACCAAACUGUGUGACGUGGCUCAGCAGUGCAACUCAGAGGACAUGUCAACGAUGUUCAACGUGAGCCCGGCCAGGUCGCUCCCAGAGAGGGGUGCCAUGGCGUGCUGCAGGAAGAAGGAGUGCAAGCCUAUGUCUGACGAGGACAGCUCUGAGAUGGAUGCAGACCCCAGCACAAGUACCUCAGAGGAGGAGGUCCCGCUCAACGUUACUGACGAAAUGAAACGCAUGCUCAACCAGCUAAAUUGUUCAGAUGAUAAUUUUGUUGCCAGGAGGGAGACAUUUGACAUUGAUGAUGACUGUGACAGCCUGACGUGGGAAGAGAAUGACGAGACCCUGUUGCUAUGGGAGGACUUCAACAACUACAACAUACAACCCGGUGCCAUCACCGCGGCAAACUGCACAGUCACCAGCGCAGCCAACAGCAACACAGAGGAGCCUGUCUCUCAGGAUGGAAGCCUGGGCAGCCUCAUAGAUGAGACAGAAUCACUAUUCAAGACCAGAGAGCAGGAGUACCAGGAGACCAUUGGCGCGAUUGAGAUGGAGCUAGCCACAGCGAAGAGUGACAUGAACAGACACCUGCAUGAGUACAUGGAUAUGUGUAGCAUGAAGCGUGGUCUGGACGUGCAGAUGGAGACGUGCAGGAGGAUGAUUAAAGGGGGCAGGAACUCUCCCUCUGUCAGUUCGGUGGCUAGCAGCGACUCAGGGAACACUGACGAGAUCCAGGACAAACUACUAGACAAGGAUGGAGAGGCUGAGGUGCCAAUCAGUUGAUAGCCUGACUCCACCCCCUUCCUCCCCUGUUCACUGACAGCUGCUCACAGAGCUCCACUCUGCUUGGGGGCUGACCCCAGUGUUCUGCCCUGCGUGGCAUCUUUAGCCAAGGGGUACUGGUGGUCCUGAUGGUCCCAAUUGUCCUAUGGAUCUGGCCCACUGUCCCAGGCCCAGAACUGGCGCUUAUUGUCUCUGUUCUCACAGGAAUGAAGGGGGACGGGGUUCAUUUGCUUCACAAGUGUUUUAAGGCAGAGGUGGCACGUACAAUAUAUGUGUCUGAGCUGUGCUCUCUUCCACAGUGCUGCACAGGAACAUCCAGCAAAACAAUCAACAUGAUCAAACAAGUCAUUCUGGCUCACUCUUAGCAUAGUCUAAGCAGUUCCACUGUCACCACUGUCAUUCUAUUGGCCUGAGGCUGAACAGUCCAUUUGGUGAACAGGGAACAACAUGCACAACAUUAUUCACCAGUGAGAAUAUCUAUCCUUUUGAGUUUUUUAAUAAUCACACAAAAAAUCACAGAUCAAGAGCAGUCAUACUAUUUUGUACUUGCAUGUUCCCCAUAGAUGCAGAUUGAUCAUUCACAUAUACUGUACAUGCAAAUGUUCAAAUGGGGAUUGAAAUGUUCUCACCAAAGAGUCAAAGCUAAAAAAUCAGUUUGACUGGACUCUCCACAGUUACCAGUGUUGACUGGGGAACGGAGCACAGCCCUUUGCUGCUAUAAUGCAUUGUUCACAUUCUAUGCAAUUUAGCUAGCCUUAUUUUAAUUUUUUUAAUUGUACCUUUAUUUAACCAGGCAAGUCAGUUAAGAACACAUUCUUUGACCUUCAUUACCCCUCUUUUCCCUCAUGAUUUGCCUUUUUAAGCUGGGCAGGUGUUUUCAAUCUGUUAUUCAGAGUGCUCCUGUGUGUUCUCCAAAGUAGAAGAGCAAUGAGAGGUGCAGAAUUAUCUCAUAAAAGGAAAACUCCCUAGUGUCCUUUGUCAAAGGCAUACAUUCUCCCCCUAUCCAUGUUAAUUUAGAGGCUGUAAACAUUUGAAAGGUUAUCCAAAACAAUAUGGAACAAGGUGCCAGCAAACAUGCUGUCUUUGAUUUGUAUUGCCUUAUGCUUAUUACUAUCAUAGUAAGCUUCAGCUAACUUUAAUAAUUUCCCCUUAAAUGUAUCUAAUUGGUAGAACUAACUAAGUUAUUGAUGAUUCCUUGGGCUACUCUUUGGUAAGUCCAAAGCAGUGGAGGCUGCUGAGGGGAGGAUGGCUCGUGAUAAUGGCUGGAACGGAGUGAAUGGAAUGGCAUCAAUGGAAACCAUGUGUUUGAUGUAUUUGAUACUACUCCACCUAUUCAGCUCCAGCCAUUACCACGAGCCCGUUCUCUCCAAUUGAGGUGCCACCAACUUCUUGUGGUCCAAAGAGCUUUUGAAAGUUAUUGGUCACCUGCUUGUUCUCUCAGAGAUAGGGUACUGAAAUGAUAUAUUACAUAAAACAAUCACGUAAACAGGCAAUACUAUGAACAUUGGUUAUUGAUACAUUCCCUAGAUUAUACACUGAAAAAUGUGGUAUUUGGUAUUUUAUUUUGCCAAUCUUGGAUAAUAAACUCAGAUGGCCUUUCAUAACAACUCCCACCUGUCUGUCCAGCAGGGUGCACUGUUCCUAUCAUAUUCCGUUGUCUAAUUGUCAUGAGCCCUGGAUUGGGUUUAUAAUUGUUUGUACGUAGAUAAGAGGGCUGUUGGCAUGUGAUCGUAUACCCCAGAUGCCUUUCUGUUCAUAUUGCCCGAUGUAUAAAUCAUUUUUUUUGUAUUACAUCAUGUCUAAUGAUUUGAAUUAAAUGAAUCAAUUAAGAAAAAUGUAUCAAUGCAUGUGGAUUGGGAGAGGUUUUCUGGAAGUUAUUUUUCAAUUGGUUUAUGGAGUGUUGUUAGUUUGCAGAAUCAAGGACAAAAGUGCUAUUUGUAUGAUGAGGGUUUUAAGAUGGAAAAAUAAUGACAUUUGUCAUUGCAUUGUUUUAUGAAGGAAGAAGGGCUAUUGCAUUUGGUUGUUUCUUUGAAUUAUUUUACAUUGAACUAGAGGCACAUAGUUGUAGUAUUGCAAUUCCCUAUAAUUUCUUAAAUCAAAAUAUGCAUUAUGUUCCUGUAAUUUUACAUGGGCCCAUGAAUUUGCGUUGUACAGAUUGAAUUGUGAGUGUUGAGGCAUAAAUGAAAUAUUAUCUUCUUGUUGAACAAUCGUGAAUGGUAAAAAUGGUAUGGAAACUUAACUAUUUCAUAAUUUCAUCAGACACAAAGAUUCUGGCCCAACCAGUCUAUUGUAUAUUAUUUCCUAAACCAUGGUAAAGUGUCAAAACUCAUACACACUAUAAAGACAGAUAACAUUUAGGGAGAGGCCUUAUUCCCAGCUAACUAUAAAAAUCAUUUGUGUUAGAUUUAAAAUCAGCCUGACGAGUGCAGUAAGCCAUGCUUUUUCCCAUCCUUUUUUGCACCAUACAGUAUAGGCUGGAAAACACCUUGUAUGUUGUACAGUAGACCUAUGUGCCUUUAGUUCUCAUGUCUCAUGGUGACUGUAAUAUUGUUGCAUAUUUUCAAUUGAACAGAUUGUAGACACCUUCUUUGCUGAAUGUAUGGUCAAUAUGUAGGAGCAGUCUUCUGACUAGACCUACAGUCCCAACCUUACAAUCAGAACUGGUGCAUAUCUCAGACUAUGGGUCAGAACACAGAAACCUGAUGUGUACAUGGCACAUUGUUCUUUAUUGUCUAAGCAAACACAAAUUGUACAUGUAUAGUUGAACUACUACAUGAUGUACCCUUGCAGGACGUAAGUUUGGCUUAUUGAGCCUAUAUGGGAAUUUGAAAUUGUUGGGUUUAAUUGUUUCAUAGGUAUUUUAUAUGGUUGGUUUUAUCAAUGUAGUGCUAGGGUCUAAAGUGUUACAUUAGCCAUUACUGAAAUGUACACUGUAUGACCCAAAGUAUGUGGACACCUGCUCGUCGAUCAUCUCAUUCCAAAAUCAUGGGCAUUAAUAUGGAGUUGGUCCCCCAUUUGCUGCUACAGCCUCCACUCUUCAUGGAAAGCUUUCCACUAGAUGUUGGAACAUUGCUGCGGGGACAUGCUUCCCUUCAGUCACAAGAGAAUAAGUAAGGUUGGGCAUCGAUGUUGGGUGAUUAGGCCUGACUCGCAGUCAGUGUUCCAAUUCAUCCCAAAGGUGUUCGAUGUGGUUGAGGUCAGGGCUAUGUGCAGGUCAGUCAAGUUCUUCCACACUGAGUUCGACAAAC